CUCCACCACGUCCCACCACCCACGCGUCCUCCCUCCGUCGGCAGGGAUCGCCAUUACGCCAUUCGCACAGAUAAAAACGGUGCCCCUCACGAUUCCCAAACCCAUCUCAACUCCACACCCCUCUCUCUCUCUCUCUCUCUCCAUAUUCGACAUUGUUUCUUCUCUUGCCGUCUACCUUACCCGUCUUCCAUGGCUUCCCAGGACCUCAAACAACGGACCAAACCGGACGACCCCUCCCCGGCCGCCGCCACGACUGGCAAGGUCAAGCUGAGGCGCGCAGACAGGCGCGCCAUGGCGAAGCGCGGCCUCCGCUCCCUCGCCCUCGCCGUCUCCCUCCCGCUCUCCCUCACCCUCCUCGACAUCUACUUCUUCGGCUCUCUGGGCUCCGCCGCAGCCGAGCACCCGGAGAGGCCGUUCGUCCCGCCCCUCUGGAUCCUCCACACGCUGUGCGCCGUCUCCAGCCUCCUCAUGGCCCUGUCGGCGUGGCUCGUCUGGGCGGAGGGCGGCUUCCACCGCAGGCCCGCGGCGCUGCCGCUGUACCUGGCCCAGCUCGGGCUGGCCCUGGCGUGGGACCCGGUGGUGCUCGGGCUCGGGGCGGGCCGGGUGGGGCUGGCGAUGGUGGCGGGGAUGGUGGCGGCGAUGGCGGGGUGCUACAAGACGUUCGGGGAGGUGAGCCCGAUCGCGCGGGAUCUGGUGAAGAUAUGCUUCGCGUGGGCGGCUCUCUUGUCCGUCGUGAAUCUGAAGCUCCUCGCGUCCAUGUGACGUCAUAUUUGCGUGGGCAACAUCGUGCUUACAAUUUUGUGUUCUAGGGGCGUCUUUUCGUUUCGCGUGCUCGUACUAGAACGUGACUUCUGUCCUGUUUUGUAGGCGAAUCUUUUCUUGUGUGUACAUAAACAUGUCCGAAGGUUUCAUUUCUCGUCCCUUGAGGGAGACGAUAUGCGUAUGUUGGCGUCGUCACUUAGGUUUUGCUGAUAAAUCCUUAGCCAUAUGAUACGACCACUUUGGAGUUUGAAC